AAAAAAAAAAAAAGAGCUCUAUUUUACUACAUUAUUUUUCUUUUCUUUUUUUUCUUGAAUAUUCUUUUCUCUUUCUUUCUUUUCCGCCCUUAUUUAUAAAGAAUAUGUUAAAUACUACUUCUCGACAGUGUUCAAUUUCAUCUUCACAUUGUUCUUCAACCAAGUCAAGCCAUUCGUUUUGGUCAAAGAUAAGUCAGCUAUUUCGAUCUUAUCAUCAUAGCCAUCAUAGUAGUAGAAGUAGUAGAAGAAGUAGCUAUAGUAGUAAAUAUAGUUCAGCAUUUUCACGCCAAACAACAGGCCAUUAUAGUAAUACUACAUUAUCAGAUAUGUCAGUACAAACGAUCGAUACCAAUCAUAGCUCAUCACAAAAGCGUUCUAGAAAGCAACUUGUAAAUCAUGUAGAUAAUAGUGUGCCACAAAUGAUUAUUCCUCCUUUCAGUCCAACCUAUUGUAAAGAGAACGAGUUCCCUUACUCUAAUUUUUACGUGAAACUACCAGACGGCAGAUGGAUGAUUCGAUAUAGAGAUGGCAAUCGUGACAUUCUUCGUACAGAUAUUGUAGAAGGCUACAUGAUUUAAAAGGGAUAUAUUCCUUAUUAAGAUGUGUAAUCAGCCCAGUGUGUCUCCUUCUUUCCCUGUGUGUGUAUUUUUAUACUUUAUUAUACCUUUAUAUACCUAUGUGCUUUAUAUAGUUUUUAUUUCUUUUUUUUUGAUUGAUUCUAUAAACAUAUUGUACAUUUCUAUACCUAUAUUCAUCCCUUAUUUUUAUUUUGUGUAUGCAUUAUUUAUUAUAAAUAAAGAUUUAUUUAUCAUAUAAUUGAAUAUUACAUUCAUAUCAGUUCUAAUCUCCUCUAAGAAUUUCUUAAAUACAAUUAUUAUCUGACAUCAGUAAAAAAAAA